AAUCAGGGCGCACGCAGGAGGGCGUCUCUACUUAAUAAGCUGUGGUAGGUAGCAGGGGAGGGGACAGAUCUACACUAAACAUGGAAGGGGAAGGAGAAAAUCAAGCAGCAUAUUAAAUGUCUAAAUAACCACUGCAAGGGUUUACUGGCGGGACAAGCUGCACUCAGGCAUCUGGACAAAAAGAUAACAAUAAGCUGUGAUUGUUGUUAUUCUGGAGAAGAUCUGCCUCUGCUGUGAGGAGGACAUCUCUCUCCACAGACUGCGAAGCUUCUACGUUUUGAACAUCUACGCUUGUGAUCGUUAUUGCAUCUGAAGCAUCCCGCUGCAGCUCAACCACAAGUACCGCAACCAAGCAGCAGCCAAGUCUCAUCCAUAUUUAAUAGCUUCUUAAUGGCUACUGAUGUUUCAUUCUGAUUUAUGAUUGAGCAUUGAAGCCAUUUCCACCUUAUAUGAGAUUUACAUCAGUGCUGCCGCAGAACUCUUUAUAAAAAGCUGUUGAUGCAAUAGGUCACAGUUGCCUCAUGAAUUAUUGACACAUCCUAGCUUAUCUUAUUGUAGUUCAACACAUAAAAAAUCCAGCAGAGAGUGAUAGUCGACCCUUCACUGUUAACUCCACAAGCUCAGGAUGGUGGAGGAGCGCAUUUAUGCCACUGGCAUGGCCGCCAGGCUGAGGAGCCAGUGGGAUCGCGAUGAAGGUCUGGGACAGAACCACAACGCCGUGAAGUUUCUGGGUCAGGAUUAUGAGUCUCUGAGAGCCCAGUGCCUCCGGAGUGGGAGGCUGUUUGAGGAUAGCCUGUUCCCGUGUGCUGCAUCGUCUCUGGGAUUCAGUGAGCUUGGACCAAGAUCCUCUAAGACCUACGGAGUCCAAUGGAUGAGACCCACGGAGUUCUGCAAGCGGCCUGAGUUCAUUGUAGACGGAGCUACUCGCACAGACAUCUGUCAGGGAGCUCUGGGGGACUGCUGGCUGCUGGCAGCCAUCGCCUCGCUGACCUUAAACAACUCCCUCCUCCACAGAGUGGUUCCUCAUGGUCAAAGCUUUCAGCAGGGAUAUGCUGGCAUCUUUCACUUCCAGUUCUGGCAGUUUGGCGAGUGGGUGGAGGUGGUGAUCGAUGACCGGCUGCCAGUGAAGGACGGGAAGCUGCUGUUUGUCCACUCAGCAGAGGGAACGGAGUUCUGGAGUGCACUGCUGGAAAAGGCCUAUGCUAAACUGAAUGGCUGUUAUGAGGCUCUAUCAGGUGGCAGCACGUCAGAGGGCUUUGAGGACUUCACAGGCGGCGUGACGGAGAUGUACGAACUGAGGACAGCCCCCUCCGACCUCUUUAGCAUCAUCAGGAGGGCCAUAGACCGAGGAUCACUGCUGGGCUGUUCCAUUGACAUCUCCAGCUCAAUGGACAGAGAGGCCGUCACAUUCAAGAAGCUGGUGAAGGGACACGCCUACUCUGUGACGGCUGUGGACGAGGUGGUGUAUAGAGGAAAUAUGACCAAGCUGAUUCGCAUCAGAAACCCCUGGGGGGACGUGGAAUGGACCGGAGCCUGGAGCGACGACUCCAGAGAGUGGGACAAUGUGGAUCGCUCCGUCAGAAGCCGGCUGCAAAACCGCAGCGAGGACGGUGAAUUCUGGAUGUCGUUCAGUGACUUCCUGCGCGAGUUCAAUCGUCUGGAGAUCUGUAACCUGACAGCCGACGCCCUGCAAAACAGCCAGCUGAAGAAAUGGAGCUCCUCGCUCUACCAGGGAGAAUGGAGAAGGGGCAGCACUGCUGGAGGCUGCAGGAACUACCCAGCAACCUUUUGGCUCAACCCUCAGUUCAAGAUUUUGCUGCAGCACCCAGACACUCCUGGACAGUCAGACUGUAGCUUCCUGGUUGCCCUCAUGCAAAAGGACCGCAGGAAGAAAAGGCGAGAAGGCAAAGACAUGGAGACCAUCGGCUUUGCUGUCUACGAGGUUCCUGGUGAGUUUGUGGGCAGGUCUGGUGUCCACCUGAAGCGGGAGUUCUUCCUCACCCACGCCUCCAGCGCUCGUUCUGAGCUCUUCAUCAACCUGAGGGAGGUCAGCUCGCGGCUGCGGCUGCCGGCAGGGGAAUACGUCAUCGUCCCUUCGACUUUUGAGCCGCACAAAGAGGCCGACUUCGUCAUCAGGGUUUUCUCUGAGAAGCCUGCUGACUCUCAGGAGCUUGAUGACAAUGUUGAAGCGAAGCUUCCAACAGAGACACAGUUGGAAGAGAGUCAGAUCGAUGCAGGCUUCAAGAGUCUCUUCAGACAACUGGCUGGGCCGGACAUGGAGAUCAGUGUCACAGAGCUGCAAACUAUAUUGAACAGGAUCAUCAGCAAACAUAAAGACCUGAAGACAGACGGCUUCACAAAAGAAUCCUGUCGCAGCAUGAUAAACCUCAUGGACACGGACGGCAGUGGAAAGCUGGGCCUGACAGAAUUCCAUGUACUCUGGGAAAAGAUUAAACGAUACCUGACCAUCUUCAGGCAGUUUGACUUGGACAAAUCAGGCACUAUGAGCUCCUAUGAGAUGAGGAUGGCUCUUGAGUCUGCAGGUUUCAAGCUGACCAACCAGCUGUUCCAGCUGAUCAUCCUGCGCUACACGGAGGAAGACAUGGCUGUCGACUUCGACAACUUUGUCACCUGUCUGGUCAGACUGGAGACCAUGUUCAAAACCUUUAAGACCUUGGACACAGAUGCAGACGGUCAGAUAAGCCUCACCUUCUUUCAAGUAUGGCCACACAUUCACAUGAACAGAAAUGCUACCAGAUACUCAAACAAUACCUGGUGUUUGUGAUUUAUUCAUGAUUAACAGUCCCUAAUUCACAUGCUCUGUCUGUUCUACAGUGGAUUACGCUGACCAUGUUUGCCUAGAGAUGAGUGGACUCUGUAACUCUUGCACUGCAUCCUGCUGCAUCGCCAGGCCCAGUAUCUGUUGUUUCAGAAGUGCCUUUUCUCCUCCUCUUCUUCCUCGUCUUCCACGCUGCUUGCUGCUGAGGCCCACUGAGACUGUAAAUUCAUCUUUACUGUGCCUGUAUUGGAAACAUGUGCCAAACCUUUAUUUGUCACCUCGUUUGCCAACAGAAGGAAGCUCUCGUCUUCUAGCCCGGCGACUGCUUUUAGCUAUACAAACAUUUCUUGGAAGCAGAGCCAAAAAAGCCUGUAGUUUUUAUGGCAAAGUAAUUUUACAAAAUGUCACAAUAUUCCGUUUUUUUUUUUUUUUGUGUGUCUGAGAAACAAGCUCUCCAUUCAUACAGAAACAAAAUGUCAGUCUGCAGGUUUCCCUCUUCGUGGCUACAUUAAUCUGCUGAUUGGAUAUAAUACUUUGAUUUUUUUGAUUAAAUCAUUUAACUGAUCAAGUGCAGUUAUCUGCAGAAUGGUCCCCUCAGAGCUUUUUUUUUUUUUUUUAAUGGGAGAUGUUUGAUGUCAAUUAUCAGAAUCUCAGUGCAAGAUGUGCAGAGCUGCCAGAUGUGCAGAGCUGCCAGAUGUGGAGAGCUGCCAGCUUGCUCUCCAGCCAACAAUUAGUGCAUAUGAAUGUGAGUGUGUGUCAUUUCGCUACUUGGCCUUUGUAGCAGCGCUGCUGGCCUGGCGCUUUCUGUUUACAUAUUGUGCCAAACUUUGUUUUUACCUGAGCAACAAGGGUCCACUCAUGAAUCUUUAUUGGGCCCUGCAGUGCAGAGACAAUGGUGGUAUGAGAAUGUGUAGAGUUACGUUUCUUAAAAAACCAAUCCUGUUCAGCUUCAAACAUACCUGCUUAUCAUUUUGCAUGGUAAUUUUUACAGACUGUUUUGCAAAAUUUGAAAAAGAAAACUUUUAACUUUUAUAUCAUUGUUGGAACUGAUGUUUUAGUGGUUUACAAAGGGACGUGUCAGCCUUGUUUAAUCUUGACUUUCAAAGGGAACAGGAACACGUCAGUACUUUAGGUAAAGGUAAACAUUUAUGCAAGGUGGAGGACAUGUUGUAUGCAUGCAGUGUGGAAUGUUAUAUGUUGUCUGCCUGCCUCAUUUCUAUUCAACCUGGGGCGGAAAUGUUCUAUUUGAAAGGUUUUAUUACAAAAUAAUAUGUCACUUUUGGGAAGUAUGGAGCAUGUACAAGUGUUUCAAAUACCAAGAUUGUUUGUUCUGCCAAUUAUUUUACCAGUUUUUAUCUUUUUGUAAAUGGGGAAAUUGCAUUUUGAAACAUUAUUUUUUAUUUCAGCAAAAGGUAACUGCCAACCCCUUAAAUAUACAUGAUAAUCUGUCAAUGCCUCCAUUUUUGUGGUGUAAUGCUUAUAUAACAUUGCCCAAUGUUUACAAUGGUAACAUUCUGGGUCCCUUUGGACCCAUUCGUUAUGCCACACAUUGGUUUACUGUGUAACUUGUUCUGAAUUUAUAUAUGUAUUGAAUCUGUUAAUGAAGGCUGAGAAUGUUGGUUGUUUUAAUGGCUGUGAUGAGUAAAUCAAGUAACAUUAUGUCUCCCGUCCACACCCAAAGAACAACACAAACAAACGUAAUAUAGUAAUAAAUAGUACAUUUAGUAACAACAUUCAUAUUAAAAAAAACAAGCACAGUAAAAUACCUUAAGUCCACGAAUGUACACAAUUCAACAUCAUAAUAUUAAGAUCUUUACAGCAGAUUUUGGCUCAUUGUUAAGUUAAAUUGCAGACAUUUAUACAAGCUGAUCAUAUAUUAAGUUAGAACAAAUAUACCUAGUUUAAAAUGAU